GGUAAUGAAAGGUGUUGUUGGACAGAUGUCAGAUUUGUUUUGUAGAAAAUAUUUUAUAUUUUAGGUUGUGUACAUAUCCAGAUAGUCCCUUUUUCCAGAGUAAGCAUGGCGUCGCCAGAUGGUUCAGGUCCCAGUACUGUGGAAUCGGGCUCCGACCAAAUGAUUACUAAUCCUAGUCGGACCACCUGUAACAAUCCAGCCCAAGUUUUAGACCCUGAAGGAACUGCACAUGAAAAUCUCCCCACAAAUGAAACUACAAAACCACAAGGAGCCAAUCAACAAAGUGGCAUUACAGAAGAUGCUGAAGAUGGCAACAGAAGCCCCCGUCCACACGCGAGUGACAAUGCUAUGGAGGAUGACUCAACAUCAUCUCACAUUCCUAUUGUGGAACCAGACAGCUCAUCCUCGGACAAAAACAAUUGUUGUGAACACGUUUCCACGGAAACUAGUGAUCAGCUCAGUCUAGAAUCAAACAGUGACCUAAUUAAGCUGGACGAUGUCAUGGAUCCAGAUACCAGUGACUCUUGUCAGUCUCAGGUUGUGGAGUUGCCUCCCUUAGACAGUAAAUCAGGAAAGACCAGCAGUAGAGACGUUUGUGGUUCUUCAUCUUUGAAGGAUGACAAUGGACAGUGUGUGUACUAUAUUAAGUGGAUAUCUUUCAACAGUAACAAAGUGCCAAUUAUUACACAAAAUGAGAAUGGCCCCUGUCCACUGCUGGCUAUCAUGAAUGCUCUACUGCUGAAAGGAAAAGUAAAACUCGCUCCGAUGAUAGAGAUGAUAACAUCGGAACAGCUGAUGACGUACUUGGGAGACUGCAUCCUUGAAAGUAUGCCUGAGAAUUUGUCAGAAAAUGUUAGAGCAAAUUUUGAACAAAACAUGCAGGAUGCAAUGUCUGUGAUGUACAAGUUGCAAACAGGAAUUGAUGUUAAUGUCAAAUUCACUGGAGUGAAAGAUUUCGAGUAUACACCUGAAUGCAUUAUAUUUGAUCUGCUGGAAAUGUCUCUGUAUCACGGCUGGUUGGUUGACCCCCAGGACCAUGCAUGUGUCAAGGCAGUUGGCUUAUGUAGCUACAAUCAACUUGUGGAGAAAAUCAUUGCACAAAAAAGUUCUGACAAACCUGAAGAAGUACAUGAAGCUCUGGUUGCUGAACAAUUUUUGGACCGGACUGCUGCCCAGUUGACAUACUAUGGGUUGUGUGAACUUGUGACUACAGUAAAGGAAAAUGAAUUGGCUGUGUUUUUCAGGAACAACCAUUUUUGCACCCUGUACAAGCAUAAUAAUGAGUUGUUCCUGCUGAUCACAGACCAGGGUUUCCUGACAGAGUGCAGUGUGGUCUGGGAGACGCUGUCUAACGUGGAGGGAGACUGUCACUUCGUGGACACCAACUUCCGCACCUACACCAAGCCCGAACCAUCUCCCGCCGCCAUCGCCGCGGCCGAACUCCCACUGGGCAGCGACCAGCAGAUCGACCAGGACUACCAGGUGGCACUGUCUCUACAACAGGAAGUUCAGCUGAGAGAUGACCAGGCCAAUACUUGGGGACCGGAACAAGAACAAGAUGAGAUGCAAAUGGCAGAUCAUGAGUUGGCGAGGAAACUCCAGGAGGAGGAGGACAGAAGAGCUGCAGCUGCUGCGGCCAACUCCAGCCAGCAGAGGUCCACCCAAGGUCAUUCCCCGUCUGCACAAGGUCAUGGUCAUCCUUCAUCACAUUCCUCAAACAGUGCUCGACCGAGACACGACCGAGACCGGCGGGAACGAGAACGGGAGAAAGAUGACAAGUGCAUCAUCUUGUGACGGGAGUGUUUGAAUCCACAGUGCUUUCACUCCUAUUCCCCUGGAUGAUCAACUAAACACUGACGCAACGUUUUGUCUCCUCCUCUACAAGCGCCUCUGUGUUACGCUGAGGAACAUCAAUCCUGAGGCCUUCGUGCCAAGAACUGGGCACCAUCGACUGCCUCAUACACCAGUCACUGAACAAGGUGGUCAAAUUGGUGCACAUAUUUAUUUAAACUUUGUGUGUGGCAUUAUUCUUUAUAACCCAUGUCAAGAAAUGUUUUUUAAUAAUACAGAUCAAUUAGGUGUA